ACUCAUUGACUCGUGUUUGUCAACUCGGUGCAUCAGGGUUUUUGUCAUUGUUGAAAGCUCAAACAUUUCUUACCCGUUUCUUUUGAAAAUAAAAUUAAGAUAUUUGCUGAUCAGAAAUGGAAAUCUGUAAGAAAACAACAUGCCUGACGAUGAUUUGCCUUAUUCUCCUUGUAACGGGGCAAGGUGCUGAUGCAUUCUUUAAGGAAGUAAUCGGUGGCAUUAUCGGCGUCGGAGCAGCAACAGUCGCUCUACCCGCUGCUUUAGGAGCGGUUGGAUUUACCGCAGCGGGUAUUACAGCCGGCUCCUGUGCCGCAAGUAUGAUGUCAGCAUCAGCGAUAGCAUCGGGCGGAGGGGUUGCCGCAGGAAGCACGGUAGCGGUGCUGCAGUCAGUUGGAGCCGCUGGACUGUCAUCGGGGGGUUUAGCCGCAGCAGGCAUUGCCGGUGCCGCUGUUGCCAGGGAAUAUGAAUAUGAUGAUUAAAUUAUUAUUCUAAGCACAUACACAAGUGUAUCAGUUAAGACACUGAGUCGUUAGAAGUAUAAAAGAAAAUUAGUUAGAAUAUGUGGCAUGUCUGAUUUUAAUGCGCCCUCAAAACCACUUUUUAACAAAAACUUAAUU